AAAGUUCCCGCGGCGUGUAGCCCCACCAUGUCCGGGCUGCAGACCCCAGAGCCGGCCCGCCCCGCACAGGGAGACUCCCCUAUGGGCACAGGGGUGGAGGACACCGGUGACGGCAUCCAGCGCUCACACCGCAUGCUCAGCUUCAGUGACGCGCUCCUGUCCAUCAUCGCCACUGUGAUGAUCCUGCCUGUGACCCACACGGAGAUCUCCCCGGAACAGUUUGACAAAAGUCUACAGAAACUUCUAGCAACCAGGAUUGCGGUCUACCUGAUGACGUUUCUCAUCGUGACUGUGGCCUGGGCCGCACACACAAGACUGUUCCAGGUUGUUGGGAAGAUAGACGACACGCUUGCCUUGCUCAACCUGGCCUGCAUGAUGACCAUCACUUUCCUGCCAUUCACUUUUUCCUUAAUGGUGACCUUCCCCGAGGUGCCUCUGGGCAUCUUCUUGUUCUGUAUGUGUGUGAUUGCCAUCGGAGGCGUGCAGGCGCUGAUCGUGGUGUACGCGUUCCACUUCCCCCAUCUCCUGAACCCCCAGAUAGAGUGCUCUGCCCACAGGGCUCUGUACCGGCAGCACAUCCUGGGCAUUGUCCUCAGGGGCCCGGCCUUGUGCUUCGCUGCUGCCGGCUUCUCCCUGUUCUUCUACCCCUUGUCGUACCUGCUGAUGGCGACGGUCAUCUUCCUCCCCUACGUCAGCAAGGCCUGCAGCUGGUGCAAGGGCAGGCUCGUGGGCCCCCAGGAGCCCCCCGCUCACAGUGUGGAGUUCUUCACUUUUGACCUGCACGAGCCUCUCAGCAAGGAGCGUGUGGAGGCCUUCAGCGACGGGGUCUAUGCCAUCGUGGCCACGCUCCUCAUCCUGGACAUCUGGGCCCCCCCUCCCGAGGCCCAUUCUCUGUUCUUCGCUGCGCUCUUCUGCCUCGGCAUCCUGCCAGAGUUCUCAGUUGGGUUCCUACGUUUUUAUUUCGAGGACAACGUCCCGGACUCCAAGGACGUAAAGGAGAAGUUCCACGGCAGCCUGGUGGCGGCCCUGAGCGUGUACGGGCCGCACUUCCUGGCGUAUUUUGGCUCCUUCGCGACAGUGGGCCUGCUCUGGUUUGCCCACCACUCGCUCUUCCUGCACAUCCGCAAAGCCACGCAAUCCAUGGGGCUGCUAAACACGCUGUCGCUGGCCUUCGUGGGCGGCCUCCCACUGGCCUACCAGCAGACCUCCGCCUUCGCCCAGCGGCCCCACGACGAGCUGGAGAGCGUGCGCGUCAGCUGCGCCAUCAUCUUCUUCGCCAGCAUCUUCCAGUUUGCCAUCUGGACCACGGCCUUGCUGCGCGAGGAGGAGACCCUGCAGCCCUCGGCGCGAUUCGGGGGCCGCGAGCACGCGUUCAUGUUCGCCAAGCUGGCGCUGUACCCCUGCGCCAGCCUGCUGGCCUUCGCCGCCACCUGCUUCCUGAGCAGGUUCAGCACGGCCAUCUUCCACCUGACGCAGAUCGCCGUGCCCUUCACCUUCCUGCUGCUGCGCCUCCUGGUGCGGCUGGUGCUGGCCCUGCUGCGGUCCCUGCGGGGCCUCGCCCUGCCUGUGCCGGGGGGCCAGGACGACCUGCGGUCCCCUCUCCUCCCGUCUCCCUGUUAGCGCCAGUGCCCCUGCCGCAGCCCACAGCUGGCCCGUCGGGGCUGCUGUCACUGUCCUCGAGACCUCGGAUUUCUCUUUGAGGUUUGACGGCAAGUUCGCUUUGUAGCGUGCACGUGCCCAUUGCUGUCCCAGGCCGGCAUUCUCCUCCGUCGGGCUGCACCACAUGGACACUGGUAGUCGGGUGGCCGCAGGGGCAGCUGGGAUCCAGCUGGAGACCAGCCUCAGCCCCAGAGGGGGCGUGGGUCCCCACCUUGGCCACCCUCCUGCACACAGAGCUCCCUGGCAGCUGCUGCGCAACCCACACUGGUCACUAGGCACAAAGGAGACAGGAGCAGGCCAGCGGUGCCCAGACUAUAUUUGUCCUGGGUAUAAAUUAUGGUUACAUUCAGGUAGUGACAAGGUACACACACGGCCUUGGUGCCAAGCCCACACAGACUCACUUAAAUACAGAAGGACAGACUCACUCUGGCCACUACAUACAGACACCACAGACCAAGACCAACGCCAAGGCACAGCAAAAAUAAUGCACAGCAAAAUAAUGACACCAACAGGAAUACAACACACAGCCGUGGGCUGGAGGCACGCGAUAUGAAUGUUUGCCACAAAUGGCCACUACAGUGCAUUUGUGCAGUUUUGGCAGAAGCUUGGGGGACGUGGCUGGCAGGGCCAAGCCCGGCCAGGUGGCGCCAGGAGCAGAGGGCCAGGACGGGAGGGAGAAAGGUCCGUGGGCCUUCCUGGGGUCUCAGGAGACACUCCUCCUGGGGCCUGAGGCCAGACUUCAUGGGCCAGCUGAACUCUGCCUGGUGGAAGGACACUGCAAGUGGUCUGCCCUGCCCCCACAGCCCUCCUGCCACAUCUCCGUCCCUGCGUCCCUGCGAGCAGCAGCAUGGAGACCCAGGAGCCUGGUCAGUGGAACAGACACGGGCUGAUUGUUGACAUGCAGAUGAUUAAAGCUGGCUCCUCCCACUUCA